UCAAUGGCACACACGGGAAAAGCUUCACAAUCGGGGUCGGUUGAGUCAGAGUCUGGUCCGAUUCGCUCACAGACACUCGGUCACAUUGGGUCACGCAAAUUUCUGGGCUUCCGGUCAGCUGACCAAAUCUAAUCUGACCUAUAGCUGGUGGAAACAAUUCUCUUUGGUCUAUCUGAGCCCGUUCGGAUUGCUUGGCAAACGCCGUAUCGGUCCACAUGGCUGCCUCCGGCUAAUCUUUCUCAAACAUGCCACAAUUCGACGCGCUUUGCUACUACGCUAUGGAACCGAAUUGGAGAGUAUACUUAGACCGGUGCAUCGAGCUCGGGCCGAUUGGUUUGCUGAGCUGUUAGCUACACGAUGGCGUGAUCCGAAUCUACGUGGUCAGCUUGGUUUAACUGCUACCAACUGGCGUGCUCUGUUGGAAUUGCCUUUUCAUUUAGCCAGGUCAAAACAGUCACGGAAAUUGAGAGAACUCUGUUUCUACAAUCUGUUUUGGCUACGUGACCUGAUGUCCAUAGCGUAUCACAUGCACGAUCGGAAACCCAGUGUGCAAUUUCUUCUGGACGAGAUUACUGCACAAAUGUACGAGGUGUGUGCAGAUCGGGUGGAACUGUUCCAUGCGGAGCUCGCGGCUCAUCCACCUCCGACCACGGUCCGGUCCCGAUUGGAUCCGUUCUCGUUUAUCGCGGUCGAGAUGAUUGGCGAACAGCCCGAACUGAUCCAACUGAUCGGAUCGAUCUGUGGUUGGCGUGCACGCGUUCGACGUGAUCCGGAUCUACUUGUGUCCUUAUGCUACAUCCACUUCGGGUUUGCUCGAACAGAAACCUAUUUGUCCACGUCUGUGGAACAACCAGGUGCAGAUGAGAUAAACUCUGUGGGAACGGAAAAUCUGGAAAGUGUCACAGAAGAUCUCGAACACAAUGAUGAUUCGGAAGUGUGCACAAACGAGAUGGAUCGGGAACAGCGAGAUCAGGAUUCGAAAUCAAUGCUUAUUCGACUAUUGAACCAAAUUGAACGGGAUGCGAUGAAUCAAGUGUUACAGCCAAUAAAUUAUAUGAUACCGGAACACACGAUAUCUAAAUUAUUGAUCAGUGCAAAUCAAACACGAUCAAAAUCGACCGAGAUGUCAAUAUGGCCAAAAACCAGCGUUCAAAUUACCAGUUUGACUUACUGUCCGGAGAAUAGGAAUCGUUUGGCUCUUGCUUUCUGGACACCAAAAGAACAACGCACUCAUGUGGAAAUCUGGGACAUGGGGUACGAUCGAAUGGAAUGGAAUCAAAUAACCGGAUCACCCGUGUUCGGUCCGAUCAGUCAGUUGCGCUGGUUGACCCCGGAAGCUCUGAUUCUACUUCAGNCUCUCACGUGGACAAACGAGUAUCAUGAACUGCAUGCAGGUGUCUUCAAUUCCCUGAACUUCUCAUCCAAUCAUGAAACCCCGACAAUCUAUGUGAGUUCCACGGAAGAUAAGCAAUCGUCCUACAUCGCUGUGAUCUACUCGGGCACGGAACACAUCGACUUAUGGACGUGGAAUUCAAAUACAGCACGCUCUUUAGGACGUUUUCUGAGCUUGGGCGAGUCCGUACAUGCGGCUUUGGUUUCUCAGUCAAACGGGGCGAGUAAAUCACGUCAGAUGAGUCUACCGUCGGGGAUUAGACCGAGCGGGGAAUUGUUAGUCGAUAUGACACACGCGAAACAACAUUUACAAUUUGUCGUGGCUCAUCGCGGCGAGUGCACAGCCUAUGUGUUCACUGUGGAACCCCUGAUCCCGGACACUGUCCGAUGGUCUAAACCUCAUGCACUUAAAUGUCCCCGCGAAAAUUCCCGAAUCGUGGCGGUAGCGUCAAUUCGUCCUCGUGGUCUCACAAUUGUGGCCACAAGAGCACCGUUAAGUGGGCAUAUUGUCGGAUGCCUAAAUCUAUUUGAUAUGAAUACCGGUCAAUUGUUGGAUCAGAUUGACGGAACGAUGGAAACAUUUGCUUGUACCGAAUUCAGUUUGUCCAGUGAAGGAUUAUUGGCCUACACUGUCCCACCAUCAAUACGAUUCUUACUGACUGAGGAUCAGACACGAUUGUAUACGGUCUCACGUAAACCUAUCGGAACAUCGGCCCCAUCCUCGUUGGAAAUUAUCGCAUGGAAUUUUAGCACUCGAGCACAACGUAGAUUGACCGAGGUGGAGCUAUUUCCCUAUUUGGAACACCAUCGUGACCCGUUACCAAUUCCAGCGGACACGUGUGAUUUCGGUGCGGAGGAUCGAAUGUCUAUUUGUUUCAACAUCAAUCCCCAAAUGGGAUCACGUGUGUGUCAUAUUGAUCCGGGAUUGGCGUUAAAUUUCCCGAUCACGUCGCAACGACGGGGACAACUUCCGUCCCGGCUAAUUGGACAGUUACAUCGGACCGUGUUAAAGGAUCGCGAAUGGUUGAUUUAUUUAUGCAUGGACGAAGAGACAGAACAAAUUCGCGUGGUCAGUAUGUGUCAGUUGGAGAAGGAUGAGAGUGUACAAACCACUUCGGCUCUACUAAUCCUCCCGGAACAUAGAAAACCAUCACCGACCGAUCGUUAUGUUCUGCGUGACAACAUAUUGAUUGCUCUGGGUAAUUUGAGCUACUCCGAAGUGGUCGAAGAAUGUAGGUAA